AUGCAGCCGUACCCGCUGAUUACGUGCGGUAUGGGUGUAAAUUACACAAGGUUAGGCUACCCAGGUAUCAGGCAGCAUGACAAAAACUCAGUGUCUGGCCCAAGUGGGGAAGAUGCGGUUGACGGCGACGUCUUACAGUAUCUCCUUUGGGGGACGACGACGAAGUACGACUUGGAGGGGCUGCAAAAGAAAACAGGGCAGCUAUCAGCUGGUGUGCAGCUGGCGGUUCCGGAUCGUGGGGAGGAUUUGCCACUAUCCAGUAGACCAGUGCACACGCCGGAGGCGAGUCGUGGUUUCGAGGCAUUGUGUCAGAGACAGAGACAGGCUGAGACGGUCCAGGGGAACCCAUCCCAUGAGUCGUGUCCGUGGCAAGGCUACCCUGGUUCAACCGGGGGCUACUUUGUACUAUCAGACGGUGUGCCACCCAAGGCAUCUCUGCCCAGGCUUCAUGGGAACCACCGUGGCGGCGUUUCCCGGACAUCACAUCCUGGCUGGUUGAUCUUCCCCUCCUCCUCCAGCCCUCCCUGAUAGUUUAAUCCUGGGGUUACAUUCCUGGGAGUCUGAGAACUAGGAAGAAGAAGAUGAUGAUGAUGAGAAAUUCAUCCUCCGCAUC